GCUCCACUCGGACUAGGGUUCAAGCAAUUCUGUAUUCUGGCGUCGGUUGCUUCUUGUUGGACUUGUUAUAAAGCUCGCAGCAGAGUUUUAGGUGGUUUAUAACAACGAGCUCUUUUUAGUGAAACAAGACACAGGCGGCUCUUUUCUGCUGCUGAAGAGCGUGCUUUUUGGGCUUCGACUUUAGUAAUGAACUCCAGUUCUAGGGCGGACACACACACACACACCCACACGCAUAUACAGCUGUCCAAAAACAGCUGGAACCUCCCACACUGGAUGGCGGCCAACUAUUGAGGGAAAAAAAAACCCGGAGAAACUUCAUGCGUCUCAAUGUGAGUUUAAGAAAUGUCCGCGUUUAAUCCUUGCGCCCGCACGGUAGUCCGGAAGGUACCUGGAAGCUGGAGAUUGUGAAUUUUUUUUUUAUCUUUAAGUUAACAUGAAAAUGGAGUGCAGCUUCGUGAUCGCAACAAUUUUACUAUCCGUUGCUUUACCUCUCCAUGCCCUGGCUUUUACUACUGUGAAUUCCAACUUUUGCAAAUGGUGUGAGUGGUUCACAGGCCCGGUGUGUGAGGGGAACGUGUGCACCUCAAACUGCAACUUCAGCUCCUUCUGUGAACGCACUGAAGAAAUCUGCGUAUCUGUAUGGAAACAGACCAAUGAGAGUAUCAGCGUCAGGACCCUGUGUCAUGACCCCUACCUUCCCUUGGAAAACAUGAAAGUGCCAAAUUAUACAAGAAACGAGUGCCGCAUGGUGCAGCAGCAGACUGACAAGGGAAUAUAUUACGUCUGUGGGUGUGUCGAAGAACACGAAUGCAAUGAUGUGCUCAUCUUUGAGAAGAACUUCAAUGGAUUUGCAAGACUACAGAGUGAAGAAGUCAUUCCUGUUGCAGUGAUCAGCCUGCUUCCUCCUAUUUUGUUGACUGUCAUGGCUACAAUGGCGUUUUAUUUGUACCGCACUCGUCAGCAAAGGAAGGAGCCCAAAGACUGGCCACCCAAACAGUGUCAAAGCCAAGCGUUACGCCUUCUAGAGAAUCGAGAACCUGCAGAAUUUGAAGGGAAAAUGUCCGUUAUAACAGACGAUGGCCACUCAGACAUUUCUUCCACAUGUGCCAACAAUAUCAAUCAUAACACGGAACUUCUGCCAAUCGAGCUUGAAGUAAUGGUAGGGAAAGGACGGUUUGCUGAAGUUUGGAGGGCCAGGCUCAACCACAAUGCUUCAGGCCAAUACGAGACAGUGGCCGUCAAAAUAUUCCCUCCGGAGGAAUACUUGUCUUGGAAGAGCGAGCGGAAAAUCUUCUCUGAUGCAAACCUGAAACAUGAGAGUGUUCUACAAUUCCUGACUGCGGAAGAAAGGGGAAUGGGUUCGCAGAAGCAAUACUGGCUUAUUACCGCCUAUCACAGCUUGGGCAACUUGCAAGAAUAUUUGACCUCUCAUGUUCUAAGCUGGACAGAACUCUGCUUAAUGGCCAGUUCCCUGGUGAACGGCGUAGCUCAUCUACACAGCGACUAUACUGUGUGUGGAACACCCAAAAUAGCAAUCGCCCAUCGUGAUAUCAAAAGCUCCAACAUCGUAGUCAAGAGCACGACAGAAUGUGUCCUGUGUGACUUUGGGCUAGCACUUCGACUGGAUCCUUCACUUACCGCAAAUGAUUUUGCCAACAGUGGGCAGGUUGGCACAGCCCGGUACAUGGCUCCUGAGGUUCUCGAGUCUCGUGUUAACCUGGAAGAUCUGGAAUCAUUCAAACAAAUGGAUGUUUAUUCAAUGGCUCUUGUGCUGUGGGAGAUGGCUUCUCGUUGCAACGUCACUGGUGAGGUCAAAAGCUAUGAACUUCCGUUUGGAUCUAAAGUAUGUGAACAUCCAUGUGUGGAAAGCAUGAGAGACAUUGUUCUCAGAGAUCGUGGAAGACCAGACAUCCCAAACAGCUGGAUGAUACAUAAGGGCAUGAAGUUCUUUUGCGACACAAUCAUCGAGUGCUGGGAUCAUGACCCUGAGGCUCGUCUAACGGCUCACUGUGUUGCUGAACGUUUCAGCAUGCUGGGGCAGGAAGGAUGUGAGGACAUUCUGAACAACAACAGCCGAAACAUCACCGGAAUGGAGCCCUGGAAGCCAGCUGUAGAAGGUCUUCCCCAGGAAACUGUGCCUUGUGUGGUUGCUCUGCCAGUGAGAUUAGUAACUGAUGUGUAAGCCUCCCUGCACUUUCACCAUGGCAUAAGAAACUCCAGGUCAUAAGCGUGCUCAUCUUGCAUGCUAUUAUUGUGAUAAAGGGUUUUUAUUCAAAGGGCUGGCCCCUUUGUAACCCUGAAACUAUGUUGCCAUGUAAUUUAUCUUUUCUUCUCCGAAGACAGCAUUUCCACACCAGUUGAUAUAGCAUAGGCUUAUGGUAAGCGGUAAAAGCUAUUUGAUGAAGUUUAAAUUUCAUGCAUCAUUCUUAACCACCUGAAAGCCUAAAUUUGGCCCAUAUUGCUUUAUGGACACAAACAUCGAUCCUGCAUUUUUAACGUGAAAGAAGUUGGGAGGUGAGAAUACAUACAUCCUCUCCACUUGUCCUAAGUAAGGUCAUGGUAACCACAAACUAGAAUACGCUGCUUAGCCCAUCCUGUUAUUAACAUUCUUCCAACAGCUCAAGGGGAAAUCUCAGUCAUGCUCAAGUAAGCCGUGAGCUAUAAUCCUUCAAGAGUGUCCUAGGUCUGCUCCAAGUUCUCAUGACCAUGGCAUGUGCUCUGUGGUAGAUAGCAAGUGGGCAUUCUAACAAUAUACACACCGACUCAACAGGCUCCUUUCAAUCCAGAGUAGUAGAGAUCCCAUAUCAAAAGUCCUCUGAUAUUGCCAAGCUCCUCACCAUGUCCGAGACUGGGCCUAUCAACCCUGCACAAGAGCCACAUUUUGAUGCUUAUACUAACAAUCCUAAUUUUUUGGUUAUGACCUAGAGCAGGGCUGCCCAACUCCGGUCCUGGAGGGCUGCAGGUUUUCAUUCCAACCCUUUUCUCAAUUAGUGACCUAUUUUU